AUGGCCGUAACUAACCAAGAAAAAGUUAAAUUCCUUUCGAAUUUAGUAGGAAGGAAACGGAGUGAAGUAAUUGAAGAUAUGUUCACCGAUAAAUACACAUUGAUGUCUGAAAUUCGCGAAUCGUUCCCUGACAACAGUUUUCAACCUGCUGCAUCUGCAGUGGAGGAAGAUCCUUAUGUUUCAUUCACUACUGAAACGCAAGAUGAGACCGAGAAUGUUAUCCUUACGCGAUUUAAAGAAAUUGGGAAAUUGAGUUUCAAUUAUCGAUUACAUGAAAAGUACCUCAUGGCUUCGUUCUAUAGUAAGUUACCUUCAGGGUACGUUGUUCUUGAUGCCAACCAUCCAUGGUUAAUGUAUUGGCUUGCCAAUGCUCACACAUUGUCCAUUAAGACUCCAUUAGAAAUUGAUACCAUAGAGUUGAUAAAUAGUAAGAUUGAACAUUGUUUAGUGGAUGAAGGUGAGAGGGGAAUUGCUGGUGGUGUGAACCAGUUGGGCCAUGCUGCACUGACAUAUUCCGGAAUUCUCACAUUGAUCCUCACCAAAAACUAUCAAUUACUUGAAAGCAUAAGAGACAAGAUUUACAAUUGGUUAUUAAGUUUGAAAAACGAAAAUGGAUCUUUUGUUAUGCACGAGUAUGGUGAAGCAGAUACCAGAUCUACAUAUUGUGUAUUGGUAAUUGCAAGUUUGUUGAACUUACUCACUCCAGAAUUAACUGAUGGUGUUCAAGAUUGGUUAAAUUUAUGUCAAACUUAUGAAGGAGGGUUUUCUGGGGUACCUAAUACCGAAGCUCACGGAGGAUAUACAUUUUGUGCAUUGGCAAGUUACUUCAUACUCAACACAGAUACAGACUCCAUUGAAAAGUCAAUUAAUGUUGAAAAGUUAUUACGAUGGAGCGUAGAAAGACAAAUGUCAAUUGAAGGUGGGUUAAACGGUCGUACCAACAAAUUAGUCGAUUCAUGCUAUAGUUUCUGGAUUGGUGCUUUGUUCCCCAUGUUGGAAAUAAUAACUGGACAAAAAGAGCUAUUUAAUAGAAAUGGACUUGCUCACUAUAUUCUCCGAUGCGCACAAUCUAACCAUGGUGGAUUCAUGGAUAAACCAGGUAAGGGGGUGGAUUUCUAUCAUACCAAUUACGCAUUAUGUGGGUUAAGUGUUUGUGAAUAUUUGCACCUGGUGAGCAAUAAGGAUGAUGUGUUGGCUUAUAGGAUCAAGGCCAAUGCUUACGGCGAUAAGCAUUACACAUUGCCUGUACAUCCAGUAUUUGGGAUUCCAGUUAAGGAUGUUGACGAGGCAAGGCAGUACUUUCAAAACUCUGUAUGA